GAUACGGAUCCUUUUGAUACAUCAACAUUGACACAAUAGCCAUUUCCAGUAGAAGAGUUAUGGAGAUCGACUUGUCAAGCAUCACUCUCCGUCCAUUCCGGCUAUCGGAUGUCGAAGAUCUCAUGACAUAUGCCGGAGACGAGCAAGUCACUCGAAACCUCCGAUGGAAGACUUUGACAACCAAAGAGGAGGCUUUCACUUUCCUCAAAGAUGUUUGUAUCCCUCACCCUUGGCGCCGGUCAAUAUGCAUCGAUGAUCGUUCAAUCGGCUUCAUAUCCGUCUUCCCAUGGUCAGGUGAUGAAGGUCACAAGGCUGACAUGGGGUAUGGUAUAGCCCCAAAGUACUGGGGACAAGGAAUAGCCACUGAAGUAGUGAAGACUGCGGUUCCUCAAGUGUUCAGGGACUUGCCUCAUUUGCUUAGGAUACAAGCUUUUGCAUAUUCAGAUAACAAGGCCUCUCAGAGGGUGUUGGAGAAAGCUGGGUUCCAAAGGGAGGGUUUGUUGAGGAAAUAUGAAUAUAUCAAGGGAGAGAUUAUUGAUAUGGUUGUUUAUAGUUUUCUAUCAACAGAUUAGCAAAAUAGUGUCCAGCAAUGAAUAAGUGGUCUUUCUAUGCUGUAUAUGGAGACCUUAUGUAACUUUGUUUUGAGUUUUACAAGUAAUUGUAAUCUAGUUUGCUA